GGCGGGAGGGCGGCCGUUAGGAAAAUGGCGCCGUGCGGCCCGGGGCAGACACCCGGCACUGGCCGCCGCCUUCCUGGCGCAGCUGCUGUGUCACGGCCACACCGGCCGGCUGUACAGCAGCCAGGAGCCGGUGAACAUUCUGGAGGCGGAUGGGGUUAAGGACCUGCUUGGGAACUGGUCGGGCGCCUGGGUGGUGGAGUUCUACUGGUCGUGGGGCGGCCCCUGUGUCAACUAUGGGGCCACCUGGAAGGUACUGGGCCCGGGAGGUGAAAGGGCCACCAGAAGCCUUCUCAGUACUCUACAAGUGACUUCACCAACAUCCUGUACAACUUCAACAUGAUGUCCCAACUCCUUUAUUCAAUGGUGUGAACAAUUAAGGUUCAGCUCGGCUUGAAUUACCGCUAAGGGACAGAGAGAACCAAUCCAUCAUUCUAUGAAGCAGCACAGUCUAAUGGUCUGAGGAGCAGAGACAGCCGGCAGCUACAAGACUAUUUGAAAAUCUGAAGACUGAAGUUUCAAAAUCAAUGGAUGGAAGGCUUAUGUCCGAAACAUUGACUCUCCUGCUCCUUGGAUGCUGCCUGACCUGCUGUUUUGCCAGCGCCACAUUUUUUGACUGACUCUCCAGCGUCUGCAGUCCUCACUUUGUUGUUAAUGUCUGACAGUCACUCAAUCCAUUGGGACCACAACAAUUUUUGACUGAUUUCUGUGAGAGGGAUCAACACUUUUUGGUUCCUGUUUGAGGACGUUUUCAACAUCAGGUGGGACUGGACAAGAGACCCCACUGUUGAAGCACACUGUGUGUGGAGCCUGAAACAGUUAUACGGCCUGGGAAGGGGAUUUCACGGCAGGGAGGGGCUCUACACGUGUUUGUGUGCAGCUGAAGCUGUGGCCAUGGAGAAUCCUGAGGAAUUCCGCCCCGUGGAGAAACCGUGGAAGUGUGGCGACUGUGGGAAAGGCUUCCGUGUCCCGUCUACCCUGGAGACUCAUCGGCGCUGUCACACCGGGGAGAGGCCAUUCCCCUGCACCGACUGCAGGAAGGCCUUCAGAGAUUACUUCCACCUGCUGUGGCACCAGCAGAGCCACACGGGGGAAAAACCCAUCAGCUGCCCAGAUUGUGGGAAGGCCUUCAUAUUUUUCUCUGCCCUGUUGGCCCACCAGCGGGUCCACACAGGAGAGAAGCCGUUCAGCUGCCCAGAGUGUGGGAAGGCCUUCAGGUAUUCCUCCAACCUGCUGACCCACCAGCGUGUCCACACCGGGGAGAGACCGUACACCUGCCCUCAGUGCAGAAAGAGCUUCACCUGCUCCUCCAACCUGCGGAGCCACCAGCGGAUCCACACCGGGGAGAGGCCCUUCAGCUGCCCUGAGUGUGGGAAGGCCUUUCACGAUUCCUCCACCCUGCUGACCCACCAGCGGAUCCACACCGGGGAGAGACCCUUCAGCUGCCCCAAAUGCAGGAAGGGCUUCAACUGCUCCUCCCACCUGCGGAGCCACCAGCGGAUUCACACAAGGGAGAGGCUCUUCACUUGCUCUCAGUGCGGGAAGGCCUUCAGCUAUUCCUCCACGCUGCUGAUCCACCAGCGGAUCCACACCGGGGAGAGACCAUACACCUGCCCUCACUGCGGGAAGGGCUUCACCUGCUCCUCCAACCUGCGGAGACACCAGCGAAUUCAUCGGCGCCGUCACACCGGGGAGAGGCCAUUCCCCUGCACCGACUGCGGGAAGGCCUUCAGACAUUCCUCCCACCUGCUGGCCCACCAGCGGGACCACACGGGGGAAAGGCCCUUCAGUUGCCCCGAGUGCGGGAAGGCCUUCGUGUUUUUCUCCACCCUGCUGAGGCACCAGCGGGUCCACACAGGAGAGAGGCCGUUCAGCUGCCCAGAGUGCGGGAAGGCUUUUACCAACAACUCCGCCCUGCUGAGGCACCAGCGGAUCCACACAGGGGAAAGGCCCUUCAGCUGCCCUGAGUGUGGGAAGGCCUUCAGGGAUUCCUCCAUCCUGCUGGCCCACCAGCGAGUCCACACGGGGCAGAGGCCCUUCAGCUGCCCAGAGUGUGGGAAGGGAUUAAGCACAUCCUCCGCCCUGCUGAAGCACCAGCGGGUCCACACCGAGGAGAGGCCGUACAUCUGCUCUCAGUGCAGGAAGGGCUUCAGCACAUCCUCCACCCUGCUGACCCACCAGCGGGUCCACACCGAGGAGAGGCCGUACAUCUGCUCUCAGUGCGGGAAGGGCUUCAGCAGAUCCUCCACCCUGCUGACCCACCAGCUGGUCCACACCGAGGAGAGGCCGUAUACCUGCUCUCAGUGCGGGAAGGCCUUUACCCGGUCCUCCACCCUGAUGAGGCACCAGCGGGUCCACACCAGGGAGAGGCCCUUCAGCUGCCCCGAGUGCGGGAAGGCCUUCAGCAGAUCUUCCUCCCUGCUGACCCACCAGCGGGUCCACACCGGGGAGAAGCCGUACAUCUGCUCUCAGUGCGGGAAGGGCUUCACCCGCUCCUCCCACCUGCGGAGACACCAGCGAGUUCACGUCCCGUUGCAGGGAGAUUGAAGGAGUGACGGCCGAGUCCCAUUAUCGAUUGGAAUGUCAACCCAGUUCCGGGGACUCCCGGGUUCGAAUCCCGCCACGACAGAUGGCAGAAUUGGUAUUCGGUCAGAAAUGUGGAAUUCGGAAUCUAACGAUGAGACCAUUUCAGGGAGGGGGUGGUAGGGGGAGAAAGCCCCCAUCUGAUUCCCUCACUCCCUUGUUAGGGAAGGGAACUGCCAUUGUGGGAAAGGAUACACUAAAGCCGUUCCAGCUGCAUCCUUUACCCGGUCUGGCCUACACGUGACUCCAGACCCACAGCAGUCUGGUUGACUCUACACUGCCCCUUCCUGGCAAAGGAGCGGGGAGAAACUUACUUGGAGACAGGGUAUGGGUUGAAAUUGCUGAGUGAGGCAAUACUUCCUCCGGGUUACGGCUGUACCAAGGAUCCAAUUUCAAAGGGACAGCUUGGUGCUGACCAAUAG